CUACCCUGCUGCCAGAAACACUGCUCAUUGGACCUACACUGUUGCUGUAAUUAUUGUGCAGUCUCUGUCAUGUCUCUGUCUACACGUUCUCAGAAGAAAGCUGCAGUUGCUGUUGCCAAGUCUCAGACAAUAGUGAAAAAGGUUCCCAAGAAGCCCUCUCUGAGAAUGGAAGGUGGAACAGACUCUGAUGAUGUUGUGAUAACCCCUCCCAGCCAGAAGCACUCAUCAUUGCCAGCUGGUAGAACAGCUGCAAAAAUAAGGGCUGGUGUAGUGAAGGGUGGCAAGUCAGCAAAGAAUGUACCUUUGAGUGAUGAUGAGGAUGAGGAGGGUGCAACCCAUAUCACUGUCAGUGAUACAGAAGUUGAGCAUGAGGGAGAAAUAUCUCAAGGGGUGAGUGAUGAGGAGUAUGAGGUUGUGAGAUACAAGAAGCCUGUUGCAAAGAAGCAGGCUACUGCUACACAGGAUCUUGAGUCAGCGGGUGAGAGUAGUGAUUCCUCAAACCCUCUUGCCACACGUCUCAAGAAAAUGCAAUCUAGUCCUGACUGGGACACAGAGCUUGCUGGCUCUACACCUCAGAGCCCUGUGAAGAGACGCAACAUAUCUAGUCCUCCUGAGAGCCCCAUGACACCAUCUCCUAACAAAUCUCAGAUCAAAGCCAAACGCAAUGAGCACCCAAGCCCUGAGGAUGACAGUGCAAGUGCAUCUCCCACCAAGAAGUCCAGGCAGGCAGUGUUCAACCAAUCUCAACCCAGAAACAAGGGCAAAGGCAAACAGUUGCCCAUGUCUGAUGAUGGAGAGAACCCAUUCAUUGAGAAGCAAGGGAAAGGCAAUGUCCAAAUUGGAGGGAAGAAACUCAAGCCUGUUCUGGAGAACUCCACUCCCAGAAAGGCCUCAUCUUCAAGGAAGACUGUGAAGAAUGCUGAACAAUCUAGCAUUGAGGAUGCUAUCUAUGCUGAGCCUCCAUAUGAGUUGACACCUCCCCAGGGAAACAAGCAUUGUCUCCAGCUUGACAAGGCUGAGAUAGACCCUUGGUUGAAAGACAGCUACAAGAACAUGUGGCCCUUGAAGAAAUAUGAUGUACCACCACACGCUUGUGUCAAGCCCAGUGAUCUUGUUGGAAGUUUUGUUGAGGCUGGUGUUCAACUGCAGCUAGUAAACCUGAAGGCAACAUUUACCACCUCAUUCAGGUGCAUGUGGCUGGUGAACCCUGCACGUGCCUCUCCCAAGAAUUUUGGCUCCAUCAGUCCAGGUUAUUCAAGGCCUGUGGUCACUUUCAAUGAACAUCCCAUCAUCAAUGUCACCUUUGGGACUGUUGAAUACAGCCAUCUUGUGACUCCCAUGGACUUCAACACCAAAGAUGGUCGUCGCAGGUUAAAAUCUAUCACCAUCACUCCCCUGGACCCAGAUUUUGAUCUAGCCUGGUCCUUCUGGUGUGAGGUUCUGGGAGCCUCCUCACUAGCACUCUCAUCCCACAAUGCUAAUGGCUCCUUCACUUCAUUCUCAACCAUAUCUGACAAGGUGACUGGAGCUGGAGAUGCUUUGAUAUCUCAUGGCAAGGUCAGCCUUAUGAAGAAGUUCCUCAAGAGCCCCUCAAAGCCCACUGCCUCCCCAUCUCGUCCCUCUCACUCUCAGGGUGUUCAGAAUGCUCUUGCUGGUACCCGCCCUACUGCUCUCAAUGAAAUACUUGGAGAUCGUGUAGCACUCAACCCCAAGCAAGAGAUACCCAUCUGGGAUGCAAGGGAAUAUUUCCAGCCUGGUGCAGCCAAUGGCUCCUUUGAUAUUGAGGCUCUUGAAGAUUGUCCACGUGCAUUUGAGGAGCCAGGCAAAGACUCUAUUGUUGCAGUGUUGCAUACAACAUCUACUUACCCAGGGAGUUCUGGUGCUCCCACCAAUCUCUCCUUGAAUGUUGUUGGUGCUGUCAUCUUGGUGGGAAAUGACUAAUGUGUUGAUGUGCUUUGUAUGUAUGCAAUCCUGACCUUGCUGGCCAUAUGCUCCAUGAAUCUGUAUGACUACCCUCUAUGCUGUACCUCAUGCUCUACAAUGAUUAUGCC